CACUUUGCACUUAUGCUCUUACUGGAGUACUAUAUACUAUACUAUACUGUGACCCAACCACACCACUCAUUUCACUUUCCUCUCUUCCUCCAAAAUCUCCCAUUCUUUUUUCUUUUCCAUUUUCAAAACACCCUUCUCCUAAUUUUAACUCUUUUCUUGACAGUUCAAGAACCAUACUCAAAAGUGUAAAUCCUAAACACUCUCUGCUGAAAGAUCAAGAACCAACCUCAAAGUUACAAACUUUCUACAUUUUACUCAAAAUUGUGAGAAUAUAGCACAAAAAAGGAAAAAUAUGUCUGCUACUGUUAGAGGGGUUCUCUUCCCCUUUAUAUUUCUUGUGUUACUUAUAAGUUUUCUUGGUGCCCCAGUUUCCCAAGUAAAAGGGUCAGAAGAAAUGGUGCCACUAAUUGAGCUAGGAAAAGCAGAGAAGAUGAUGAUAAUGCUUAAUAACACAAGGAGAAAGCUUGGGAGUUUUCAGAUUUGUGCACUUUGCACUUGCUGUGGUGGGGCCAAAGCAGUAUGCUUGCCUACUCCUUGUUGCUAUGCUAUCAAUUGCAACAUACCAAACAGGCCUUUUGGUUACUGUUCUUUCACUCCUAAAACCUGUAAUUGCUUUGGAUGUCAUUACUAAUUCCACAAGAAAUCAUAAAAGUAUCUCUCUUUCUAUAAAAGGAAAGAAAAUUAAGUUAAGUUAGAUCUUUUUUUUUUUGGUCUUUGAUUUGUGUUUAUGUGAGUCUGAAAGGGGAGAGGAAUAUCUGUUCUUAGAUUUUGAUUUGUUUAUAAUUGUUUGGAGGACAGCUAUUUCCAGGUAAUCUUUUGCUACUUUAUAUUGGGAUUUGUGCCCUUGAAUUAGUGUUAGAUUUUACUCUUUUUCAGUAAUGAAAAAAUGUGAUUCUUUUUCUUAAGUAGCAAAAAAUUUGGAUGAAGUAGUACUAGAUUCAGAGUGAAGUAUAAUACAUAUAUACAUUGAUUGAGUGUUUCUCUCUCUCUCUUAAUGAAGUUUAGUGGAUUUGUUUAUUA